AUGGUGGGCAAUGUGACUCUUGUCUCAGAUGACCAGCAAAGUGACUUGGAGCUGCUGGCCUGGCUCAACGACACAUUACAGUCUGGAUUUAUCAAUGUGGAGCAAACAUGCUCAGCUAAGGUUCCAGACCAGAUUAAGAAAAAUGCUGACAUAAAAGCAGAGACCAGAAGCUUUAAACAUUUUCAUUGUAGCCAGGCUACACAGCAUUUCAUUAAGAAAUACUGCCCUACUGCAUCAGCUCUUACACGUAAGAAAAUUCUGGACCAGAAAUACCCAAAGAACAUUGCAGCUUUGUGUAACCAGACUCCUUACUGUUUGUACAUGUACCAUGGAGUAGAACUGUCAGAAGAUCAGAAAGCUAUUGUAAUCUUGGCUGGAUACUUCGACCAGAAUGCUGGGAAAAGCAAAGUCAGGCUGCUCGAUGUUGUCCAGGAGACAAACUCUGAAUUUCCGAAUUGCAUUGUGAAGACUCUGAAAAUGUAUCAGAUUCCUCUGGCAAACCUUGCAUCAUUUUAUUCCAAUGCACCCAAUCUGACAGAGCUUACAUCUGACCUGAAGAACCUAAAUUCUGGCACUCUCGUACUCUGUAACCUCAAUGGAAUUGCAGACAAGGCAUGUUGUAGUGGCAUUAAAGCAAUAAAGCAUUUGGAACAGAUUCCGGAUCUCAUCAAGGAAGUUCAACAACACUUUCCUUCUCUUCCUUCUUCACUGAAAGAGCAGCUGUGUGAUAUGGAAAAGGUCAACACAAGCUCUUUGUUAUGUAACUGUCUUAUCCUAAGGACAGCAGUCCAUAAAAUUGCCCUAGCAUGGUCGGACUUGGUGCAAUACUUUAGUGGUCAAGAUGCCAACAGCUCCACAAGGCCAAUUUGUUGCCUCCUCAAUGAUAAGUCUUUAAGACUAUGCUUUCUGUUUUUAAGCCAUGCCCUACAGCCUCUUUGCCAAUUUCAGGAGAGCCUAAACCAGGACAAAGAUGCAUCUGAAGUGCUCCACAACGCCCGCAAUUUACUACAUCUUUUCGUGUCCAGCUACCUUCAUCCACAUGCAGCGAAACUCUUCCUCAGGAGAGAAAAUGCAUCACCAAGUAAAGCCAUGAUGGAUAAUUUACCAAGAGACGAGAUUAAGAUUGGUAAACUAGCUGCCACAUAUCUUUGUCGGAAUGACUCAGAGCUUGCCGACUGCUCAGACCUCUUCUACAAGAGUGCUGUUUCAUUCUAUGCUGCAGUCACCUCCAGUAUUGUCAGUUGUUUACCCUUGCCCGACUCAGCCCUGAAAACCAUGGUUGCCGUAUUAAGCCCAGAAGGUAAGUUAGAGGUCAGUGGGAAGACAGUGGCUGAUUUAGGAGUUCACUUGGGUGUUUGCACAAGUGCCGAAGAAAUCAGCUUGCUGACUGAUGAGUUUCUGGAGUAUCAGUUUACCGAGCGGGAAGUCACCAACCCGAUUAGACAGUUGCUGGACCAAUACUGGAAGGAAGAGCUGAGGAUUAUGGGAAAGAUGUCUCACUUCCGAAAGCUAAUCCUAAGGCUUCUGACACUGCCAAAGACACUAAAUAUGGAAAAGGUGUUUGCACAACUGUUUGAGAGUGUUGAUCUCUGCAUGGAGAGCAGUCAGGAGGAAAUGGAGAUUUCUGAGCACACGGCACAUAAUGGAGAUGUGACAGAAGGCCCCUCUGCCUCAUCCCACACGCUCAGGCCAAAGACCAAGAAACGGUCAAAAUCAGAUAUUAUUGACCUGACUGAAGUGGAUGAUGUUACUCCUAUGGAAAUCAACACCAGUGUUUCUGAUCCAGGGGUGAAAAAGAAAAACCAAGAAUCAAUACUUGUAGAUGAUGAUGAUGACGACGAUGUCAUUUGGACUGAUACUUCAUAUUCAAAGGAUGAGAAAGCUUUUACUGCAGGAGAGAUGGUAUGGGGACAGAUGGAGAGUUGUUGUCCACUCAGACCUGGUUUGGUUAGAGAAUGGAUCGGAGAGAAACCAAGAAAGUCGAUGUGCAGGGUGGAGUGGUUUGUAAAUGGGAUGAUGACUAAGGUCCAUACAGCCAGUCUUCAGCCUUUCUCUGCAUUCGCACAGUGCUUUUGUCCUAAUGCUUUUGCCACCAUGACCCUAUACAAAGAGGCCAUCUUUCAUUCUUUGCAGGUUGCUGCUGAACGCGCCGGAAAGAGCUUUAAUCUGGAGUCUGACUGUAAGGAUGAGCUGCUCAAAGUUAUGUUAAACUGGGCCUUUGGAGGCUUUAUGCCCUCUGGACCAAAUGCACUUAAACCACGAUCAAAAGAGGAUGAAUGCCUUAAGCUUUUAAACGGGAACUCUGAAAAAGUGGAUACAAUGCUUUUGGAAGAGCCUCAAGAACUGGAGGAGAAAAGUGGAGAUGAUGUGCCUGUGGACUUGAACAAAAUGUCUAUAGACCUGCAGAACAGCCAGAUGGACCUAACAGAUCAAGAUUCCAUUCAAACGCUUUCAUAUCCAAAAGAGAAACAAUCUCCUGUACAGACUGUGGAGAAAUGCUCUUUAUCUGUCUGUGAAACAGUUACCACAGAACAUCCGUCUCCUCCUCCGAGUCAAAUCAAGGAUCAAAGCUCAUCUGAUAAAGUGCAAGACUACAACAGGCAACAGAUGGUACACAUGGUUUUGGUUAAAGGCAAGAACAUUGAAGAUUUCUGCUUGUCAUGUGGGACUGCACGCAUCGAGAUCUUCCAUCCAUUGUUUGAAGGGAGUCUGUGCUUGAAAUGUAAGGAUAACUUUACAGAGACUUUGUACCGCUAUGAUGAAGAUGGAUAUCAGUCAUACUGCACUGUGUGCUGCGCUGGGCUAGAGGUCAUCUUGUGUGGACAUGACAGCUGCUGUCGGUCCUACUGUGUGGACUGCCUGAAUACCUUGAUUGGCCAAGGCACAGUUGAUAAGCUGAAAGACAUGGACCCAUGGAUCUGUUACCUGUGUGCGCCCGAAAGCAGCUCUGGGGCUCUGAGACCCAGACAUGACUGGAGCAUUCGCGUUCAGGAAUUCUUCGCCAAUAACAGUGCCAUGGAGUUUGAACCUCAUCGCGUUUACCCAUCAAUUCCUGCCAACUUGCGUCGCCCAAUAAGGGUCCUCUCCCUGUUUGAUGGUAUAAGUACAGGAUACCUGGUGCUGAGGGAUUUGGGCUUUAAGGUGGAAAAAUAUGUUGCUUCAGAAGUAGAUGAUGAAUCCAUUACUGUGUCCAUGGUUAACCAUGAUGGGAAAAUCACCGAGGUGGACGAUGUCCGAAGAAUCACAAAACAACAUAUUGAGGACUGGGGUCCAUUCGACCUUCUCAUUGGUGGAAGCCCAUGCAAUGAUUUGUCUAUAGUGAACCCAGCACGGAAAGGCUUGUUUGAGGGCACAGGGCGGCUCUUUUUCGAUUUCUACAGGCUGUUGAACAUCAUGAAGCCCAAGGAUGAUGACCCCCGGCCGUUCUUUUGGCUGUUUGAGAAUGUCGUGUUCAUGAACAACAGGGACAAAGCUGAUAUCUGCCGUUUUCUGGAGUGUAACCCAGUACUUGUGGAUGCUGUUAAAGUGAGUCCAGCCCACAGAGCACGCUACUUCUGGGGAAACCUGCCAGGCAUGAACAGACCGAUCGUGGCCUCUCAGAAUGAUAAACUGACCCUGCAGGAAUGCCUUGAUCCUGGGCGAACUGCUAAGUAUGUAAAAGUACGGACCAUCACCACACGCACAAACUCGCUCAAGCAGGGAUCCGCCGACCAGCAUUUUCCCGUCUCUAUGAAUGGAAAGGAUGAUGGUUUAUGGGUCACCGAAUUGGAGAAGAUUUUUGGAUUUCCCAAACAUUACACCGAUGUGAAGAACAUGGGCCGCAUGCAGAGACAGAAGGUUACGGCGAUUCUUACACAAGAAAUAGAAGAUUUUCCAGUCCCUUGGCAUUCUGCUGGUAUCGUGAUGCUCAAAUCCUUCCCUCCUACAUCGCUUUCUCCAAAAUGCUGUGCCGUCAACUAGUGAUUUCCACUCACGACACACCAGGCGACACAGACACACCACCUUCUCAGCAGGUAGGUUCUGAAGGAUUUCCUCCACGAUGAA